AGAAUAGCUUGUUACCUGUCAGAAAUUAAUGUAAUAUUUUAAUUUUAAUUUGUACCCAUGUGGUUUUCCGCUUCCAUAGAAACGAAAAGGCACAACCGUGCAUAUUCAAAUAUUUAGACGUGACGUCAAAAUAGUACGUGUUAUACAAACAGAGCGUUAACGUAAAUGUUAAAUAUUGGCAAAUAUGAUAAUUAAACUUUCAUAAUAAUCAGGACAUUCAAACCUACAGUUUGCUUUAAGUAGUGGAUAAAUUUCCCAGUCACCAAAUACACGUUCAUUUCCGUUUUUUUAGAUUAGCACCAGUGUGUAAUACCUUGUUGUGUUAGGAUAAAGCAAUGAAGUUUGCCCAAAUUUACGAGUAUGUGGAAGACAAAAUAGGAGGUGUGUUUUCAAGUUACGGCCGUUUUGUUGCCCGUCAUGCCUGGAAAAUCCUUAUAAUUUCCGUGAUAGUAAAUGCUGGCCUUGGUGUCGGAAUGAUCAAUCUUACAUCUGACAUCGACACAGGCAACGUUUAUUAUCCUAUAGGCAGCCAAGCUAGAAAAGACAAAGACAGGGUAGAGGAAUUGUUUCCAGAUCUAAGUGGAUCACAUUUCAAUUCUCUACAACUAACUGAGGAGGCAAAAUGGGCACGAAUCAUUGUGAUGUCAAAGUCUGGAAAUCUGUUAAAGAGGGCAGAGCUAGAAGAGGUCAAAACUAUCGCUGAACAUGUUCUCAAUAUAACAGCGUUAUAUAAUGGCGCCAAUAUAAAGUUUUCAGAUUUUUGUGCUAAUGUUAACAAUAACUGUGCCGUUGAGGGUGACUUGUUUUGGAGUCCUGAAUUUCUUGCUGCUGUUGACAAGAUAAACGUCACAUACCCAAUUUUUACCAGUCCCAAACUGGGUGCAGUCAGUUAUGCAUCUUAUAUAGCAGAUAAAGUAACUCUAGAUACUACCGGAAGGCACCUUACUGGGGUGAAGUUCAUCAAAAUAAGUUUUAUGAUUCGAACUGAUGGGUCAACUUAUGAAGACAUGGCAACUGAAUGGGUAAAAAAUUUCAAUUCCUAUAUGGAAAAGUACUCAUCAAACAAACUAGACAUUGCAUAUGGUCAUUUCAAGUCACGUGAUGAGGAACUGGAUAAAAAUGUUUCUGGAGAUAUAACAUUAUUCUCCAUCACAUUCACUUUGAUGAUUACGUAUGCAUGUGUGUCUACAAUAUCGGGAAGAUUCACAGACCAGGUUGGACAAAGAAUGUGGCUAGGUUUUGCAGGCAUAUUUGCAGCAGGGUUUGCUAUCGUUGCUGGUUUUGGACUGUGUGCAGCUGUAGGAGUUGAAUUUGUCAGCAUAGUUGGAGUUUUACCAUUCCUUAUAAUUGGUAUUGGAAUAGAUGACAUGUUCAUACUUCUCUCUGGACUGUCAGAGGCUCAGAGUAAAAUUUCAGUGGAAGAAAGAAUGGCUGAAACAUUACGUAUUGCUGGAGUCGGAAUCUCAAUUACAUCACUGACUGAUGUCAUAGCAUUCGCGGCUGGUAUUGGUUCUACAUUUAUUUCUGUCAGAAACUUCUGUAUCUAUACAAGUGUAGCUGUUGUCUUUUGUUAUCUCAACAAUCUAACAUUCUUUGCAUCUUGUAUUGCAAUAAAUGAACGCAGGAUCAACGAUAAUCGGCAUUUUAUGACUUGUCGAAAGAUAGAUACAAAAGAAGAACUACGACGUCGUGGGGCGUCAGCGAAGACUAUCCUAUGCUGUGGUGGUUCUCAACCGACAGGAAGGCAUGAAGCUGAGGGAUUCAUUGAUAGAUUUCCACGCUGGAUAAUUCCAAAAAUUGUCUUAAAAACACCAUUUAAGAUUAUAAUCAUUUUACUAUUCCUUGGGUAUCUUGCAGCUGGUAUUUAUGGAUGCAUUUAUUUGAAGCAAGGGUUACUGUUAACAAAUUUGGUUAAUGAAGAUUCUUAUUUCUAUAAAUACUCACAAUGGAAUGAAGAAUAUUUUCCUCGCCAGUCACCUGUAUCGUUUGUUAUUCAAGGAUCGUAUAAAUAUUCACACGACAAUACACAAGCUCUAGUUAAUAAACUGAUAAGUGAUGCACAAUCAAACAAAUAUUUUGACGGUGCGUUUGAAAUUAACUGGCUCAAGUCUUUUAAAAACUCACACUUUUACUCUAAUGUAACUGAACAGAGUUUUAUUGUCGGUGUGUAUGACUUUUUACAGAAUCCUAUGUAUUCCCGAUUUUUGAAUGAUGUCGUGUUUGAUUCUCAAAAUCAAAGUAUAACUGCUUCACGUGUUUACGUUCUUACAGCUAAACUUGAAGAUAGCCAGGAUGAAGGCAAGAUGAUGCUUGAGUCACGUGACAUCGCAGAUUCUGCUGCUAUAAACUGUUUUUCAUUUUCACCGUAUUUUGUAGCAUUUGAACAGUAUGUUGCUAUUUUAGGACAGAGUUUACAGUCUGUAGGAAUAGCCUUGGCUGCUGUUUUUGUAAUUACCUGCAUAUUUAUGCCUCAUCCCGUCCUUAUUUUGUUUGUUACAGUUGCUGUUACUAUGAUUAUGGUAGGUGUUUUCGGAUAUCUAUUCUUCAUUGAUGUUACCCUUAGUGCUAUAACAAUGAUACACUUGAUAAUGUCUGUAGGGUUCUCCAUAGAUUUCACAGCUCAUAUAUGUCAUGGUUAUAUGAUUUCUACGGCUACGGAACGCGGGGAAAGAGUGAAAAGUGCUAUUGAUAAAACCGGUGCUCCUAUAUUUCACGGGGCAAUAUCUUCUCUGCUAGGAAUCGUCGUAUUGUUUUGGGCAAAAUCGUAUAUAUUUCGAACUUUUGGAAUUGUAAUGGCGUUUGUUUUGCUCUUCGGAAUAACGCAUGCGCUUUUACUACUUCCUGUUAUUUUGUCGUGGAUUGGUCCUUUAAGACAUACAGUAGCAGAGAAUGAAAAAAGUAUGUCAAAUCUGCGAGACAAAAGAUCAUAAAAAGUUGAUAAACGUGUUAUUAUUAAAAGUUUAACAAAAUACAUUAACUCAAAAUAAAUGUAUUGUAUUGCUUUUCAAACAGAAACUUGCUUUGUUUAAUAAAUGAAUAUUCGUAUUGACGAUCAGCUGACUCUUUUAACAAAAUACAAUCAACGAUGUGAAAUGAUUGAAGAGCAUCAGCUUUAACUAACACAAACUCUCUUUAAAAUGUAUCUUUAUUUUGAUCAUAGCAUAAUUUGCGUUUUAUAUUUUACAUGGUGAAAUAACAAAAAAUUGUGUUUUAUAUCAUUUGUUAUGUGUUGUUUUCAUGUUAUUUAUGAUUUGAUAUGUUGUUGUUGUUUUUUAUUCAAUAAAUGUUUUAAUCUUA